AUGAAGGACCCCCUUGGGGCAGUUGUGGGACAGCUACAAACCCAGGAGGCACCAUGGGGGGAGCUGAGCGACCUGGACCGGCAGAUCGAGCAGUUACGGCGCUGUGAGCUGAUCAAGGAGAGCGAAAGUAAAGCCCUCUGUGCCAAAGCCCGGGAGAUUUUGGUGGAGGAGAGCAACGUUCAGCGGGUCGAUUCCCCCGUCACUGUGUGCGGCGACAUCCACGGGCAGUUCUAUGACCUCAAGGAGCUCUUCAGGGUGGCGGGGGAUGUCCCUGAGACCAACUACUUGUUCAUGGGGGACUUCGUGGAUCGGGGCUUCUACAGCGUCGAGACCUUUUUGCUGCUGCUGGCCCUCAAGGUCCGUUAUCCCGACCCGGCAUCACGCUGAUCCGGUGGGAACCACGAGAGCCGGCAGAUCACCCAGGUCUACGGUUUUUACGACGAGUGCCUGCGUAUAUAUGGCUCCGUCACCGUUUGGCGCUACUGCACCGAGAUCUUCGACUACCUCAGCCUCUCCGCCAUCAUCGACGGCAAGAUCUUCUGUGUGCAUGGGGGCCUCUCGCCUUCCAUCCAGACGCUGGACCAGAUCCGCACCAUCGACCGCAAGCAGGAGGUGCCCCACGACGGUCCCAUGUGCGACCUGCUCUGGUCCGACCCCGAGGACACGACGGGCUGGGGCGUGUCCCCGCGGGGGGCCGGGUACCUGUUCGGCAGCGACGUGGUGGCCCAGUUCAACGCUUCCAACGACAUUUCGAUGAUCUGCCGAGCCCACCAGCUCGUCAUGGAAGGCUACAAGUGGCACUUCAACGAGACCGUCCUCACCGUCUGGUCCGCCCCCAACUACUGCUACAGGUGCGGGAACGUGGCAGCCAUCUUGGAGCUGGACGAGCACCUGCAGAAGGAGUUCAUCAUCUUCGAGGCGGCGCCGCAGGAGACGCGGGGGAUCCCCUCCAAGAAGCCGGUGGCCGACUACUUCCUGUGACGUCCCCCCUGGCCCUGCCCACGUCCCCAGCAGGUCACCCGUGUCCCCUGGGGCCACCCCGUCCACGGGACACCUGGGGUGUCCCCCCCAAGAUGGCCACCGCUGGUGGCAUCUAGGGAGGCUCGGGGACA